CGUGUGCCCCGCCCCGGCUCGCAGGCGCAUCGUGGACCGCAUGGACCGCGCCGGGGACGGGGACGGCUGGGUGUCGCUGGCCGAGCUCCGCGCGUGGAUCGCACACACGCAGCAGCGGCACGUACGGGACUCCGUGAGCGCGGCCUGGACCACGUACGACACAGACCGCGACGGGCGUGUGGGUUGGGAGGAGCUGCGCAACGCCACCUACGGCCACUACGAGCCGGCUAAAUGGAUCUUCUGCAGUUUCCCUGAACUCACCGUGCUCUUCAAACCUCUACAGUCUGCACAGACUGUUCCCUUUGUUGAAAAUGUCCUUCCCCUCCUCUGUGUCCAGCAAGCUGAGUCAGUAUACUGCACCAGAGCAUGACUUCGGGGCCCAAUGGGCCAGUAUCAACUCAAAGUCCAUCCUUCCUGGCUGCAUGACCUUGGGCAAGUUAUUUCCUCUCUCUGACA